AUGGCGGUAGACCGAUUUGGGGAAAACGCGUGGGCGAUAGUUCACGCUGGUGAUGUGAAGGAGCAGUCGUCGGCAACAUCCUCGCACGCUGUCGAAGCCACCGUCAAGAAGGACGAACCAGAGGAGCCCGUUGCCGUCCCUACACCUAUCGGCUGCUGGAAGGUCAUCUCGCCUGAGGGCCGAGAGGAACACGUCUUUAGGCCCAUCCCUGGCUUCGAACACCUGUGCAACGGCCCAGCAAAGUCGCAGGGAGUGACCCGUCUGGCAGAUCCGCCUAAAGCCGUUCCCACGCCCGUCUACCAGUCUGCCGUGGUCCAGGUACCGGGUAAGAUCGAAUGCCUGCUCUCUACGUCGGGAGAUGUUCAACCCAAGAGCCGGAAGAGAGCUCGGUCGCACGCAGGGGAACCGCGUCAAGGCGCAGCUCAGCACUUCAGCGAAGACGGAGACGACGAGCAGUACGACGACAGAGAUGUCCCUGUUGCAACACAGAAGUCUUACACCUUCUACAUUGGCGAUGUCAAACCGUUGAUGGGCUUCUUCCACCGAAGACUCGAUGAGCUCACUAUGAAGCCAGUGCGGCCCAUCGUCACGGCUUGGGUCAAGCAACUGGAGCCUAAGCGUCUCAGCCUGUACGGGCCCUACCACAAGAAGCUGCCUAGGGAGCAGCCCUCUGAAUGCACCCCACCUUGGUGGCCCCACGAUGUGCCCUACGAAGAGCCUUCGCAUUUGGACAAGGCGGGCCUUUUGAAACUUGCAGUCGAUCUCAUGCUUCAGCACCGCAAAAUCGACGAGGCCAAACGUAGAAGUCCAUGGGUUGCCAAGCUCAAACAUGCCGCGCAGUAUGCCGUUGAGACUACUCCGCCAGACCAGUUCUCCUCGUCGAAAGGAUCCAGAUUCAGUGAGCGGAUGCAAGGCCGAGCCCUAUCCGAGAUUCUACCGAACCUCUUCGACAUUGCGCAAUUAUACGAAGAUCACAUCUUCAACUACAACCUCUUCGAAGGCACAAACAACCAGGAUCCCCGUAGAGGGACGCAUGUGACUUGGCAGCCAUUGACGAGACCGCCACGCCAGCAACCCGUACCUAGGAAGCGCUUCCGACGGGCCAGGGCUACUCCGCCUCCGAGAAUAGAGCCUGACGCCGAUGUAUCUGGCAACGAGACUGAGGUUGACAACACCGCGACUGAGUCGCACCUGUCACGGGAGGAGAAAGCUCGCCGACCUCAGACAUCCCAACAGCAAGCGCAAGCCCCCAUUCGAGGACCGGCAAUAUCGCAACCACAACACAUGCAUCCAUGCAGCUCCACUACAACGCCCAACACCUCUUUUGGUCAGUCGAUGCACUCUCUUCAUCUAGAUGAGGACAUGGACCUAGACGUCAAGGUGGCCAACCGCACCCCGUUUCACAACCAGACCCACGGUCAGAGCGACUUGCAAUGCAGCCAGCCAAUGCAAUAUUGUACUAGUCAUUCAGGCUACCACCAUGUACCGCAGUCACGACAGGCUCCUGGCUCAGAAAACGUAGUGCAAGUGUCUGCAUCAGCAUACCACCAGCCAUACACCAUGUUCGAUACACCGUACCAUCACCAAGACGAGAACACCGCCUUCAGCAGCAAUACCGGAUAUCCUUACGAGUAUGACAUGUUUGUCCCGUCGUUCUUCGACGGCCUACCGCACUUGUCCAGCAUCAGCUGUGAGUCGGAAGGCUCCCAUCAUUAA